UCUGUAUUGGUGGGCGAUGUGAUUGUGGUGUGAGCCGUCGUGCAGUGGUGGGCAUAGCAGCAGCAGAGACACAGACGACGACAUGUUGGCUACAGGGAACACCUCGCCUCGGACUUUACGGUCGCGAGUUUCCUCGGGAAUCCUUGAGUGAGGUGGGCGCGAGCGAGCCUGAGACCGAGGUUCGAGUACGCGAGGGAGGCGCGAGGAGGAGGUACACGCGACGGACUUGUGCGGUCCGUCCGACGACGAGAUCGUAACGCUUGGACCCUAGUGUAUGGUGCGGGGGCGGCCUGUGUCCGUCAUUUUUUUUUUCUUUUUUUCACCGUGUUACAUACACUUGUUAUACUCACAUACACUCCUCAAUACAUAUAUAUAAAUAUAUAACAAAUACGAAUAGGGCGGAGGGAUGAUACCGUUCUCGGAGGCCUGGUUUUAACAUUCCAACUUUUUUAGCUAGAUGCUGUUGCUGUUGCUGGUGCUGGUGAUUUAGUUGCUGUCGUUGGUCUGCCAGUGAAGGAAGAAGAGGAUACCAGUGAAGGUGGAGGGGCCUGGGGCAGACGAGGACGAGGAAGAGGAAGAAAAAAAAAAGAAGAAAAAGGUGUUGGUGCCGGUGAAGAUACGGCAAGUGCAGCUAGAGAUAUGGUGUAAAGAUAUCAGUCAGUUAUUAAUACCUCGAUUCAUUUUUAUUAUUAAUUAAUUAAUAAAUAAAUAUUUUGUAACAGACAGUGAUCGCUGAUUCUGCAGUGUAGGGAACAAUGUAAUUUUUUGUGCGAUUCCUCGUUUAUUUGGGAGAGUAAAUAACCAAAUCGGUGUUUAUAUAAUAAUAAUAUUAUUGUUAUUAUUUUGGCAAUAAUCACGGGCGGUAUACCCGUGGGUGUUUAAAUAUCAGCCAGAUAAUUGCUAGUUAUAUUGUUUACAAAAAUAUUACUGAUAUUAAUAGUAAUGAAAUUGUCAUGCAACAAAAGUGAGUGGUGUUGAGUGUAAAAGAAUAAUAAUAAUAAUAAUAAGGAAUAGAAAAAUAACGCGUGUAUGGGCCUGUGUGUGAGUGUCAUGGGGUGCUUCGGCAGCCAAAGUAGUAAGGCCAGUCAGGAUGAUAAUAAGAACCAGAAGAGGCGUUCAGACGCUAUUACCAAACAAUUACAAAAGGACAAGCAGAUCUACAGAGCCACCCACCGGCUGCUGUUACUCGGAGCGGGUGAGUCCGGUAAAAGUACUAUCGUCAAACAAAUGAGGAUAUUGCACGUCAAUGGCUUCAGUGAAACGGAGAAGCGUCAAAAAAUUGAGGAUAUAAAGAAAAACAUACGAGAUGCUAUCGUGACGAUAACAGGUUGUAUGAGCACAUUGGUGCCACCUGUGACACUUGAGGAUCCAUCAAAUCAAAGUAAAGUUGACUACGUGUUGGAUGUAUCGUCUUCCCCAGACUUUGAUUACCCUCCGGAAUUUUAUGAAAUAGUCGAGGCGCUGUGGAAAGACCGGGGUGUGCAACAAAGUUUUGAAAGAAGUAAUGAGUAUCAACUUAUUGACUGCGCAAAAUACUUUUUAGAUAAGGUUGCCAUUGUAAAAAAACCAGAUUACUCACCAACUGAACAGGAUAUCUUAAGAUGUCGAGUUCUUACUUCCGGUAUAUUCGAAACGCGGUUUCAAGUCGACAAAGUCAAUUUUCAUAUGUUUGACGUCGGCGGGCAACGAGAUGAAAGAAGAAAAUGGAUACAGUGUUUCAAUGAUGUAACAGCAAUUAUAUUUGUCACUGCAUGCAGUAGUUAUAAUAUGGUACUCAGGGAAGAUCCAACAAAAUUGAGAUUAAGAGAAAGUCUUGAUCUAUUUAAAAGUAUUUGGAAUAAUCGGUGGCUUCGAACGAUAUCAGUAAUUUUAUUCUUGAAUAAACAAGAUUUAUUAGCUGAAAAAGUGAAAGCAGGUAAACAUAAAUUGGAGGAUUAUUUUCCUGAUUUUUCACGAUAUCAAACGCCAGUUGAACCUGGUGUCGUUGCGGAACCAACAGAAGCACCUGAUGUAAUACGAGCUAAAUAUUUUAUACGAGAUGAAUUUCUUCGCAUAAGUACAGCAAGUGGAGAUGGAAAACAUUACUGUUACCCACACUUUACGUGCGCAGUCGACACGGAAAACAUCAAGAGAGUAUUCAAUGACUGUCGUGACAUAAUUCAACGUAUGCAUCUGCGUCAAUAUGAGCUCUUGUGACUUCAUUCCUGCCGUUGCUUACAAUUAGUGUCGUCUGCCCAACUUAAAUUAUUUUCCAUUCACAAUCCUCUCUACAUUGCCUCGAAUUAACAAAAAAAAUAUAAUAAUAAUAAUAAAUAAAUAAAUAAAUAUAAUUUAAGUAAAAAAAAAAAACUAACAAUAGUAACAAAAGAAAAAGAAAGAUUUAAAUGAAUUAACGCCAAAUAUCUAGGCAACUAUUAUAUUACUGUCGAGAUAAAAGUACUUUCAAUUUAUCGAGACAUAGAUAAAUAAAGAGAGAGAGAGAGAGAGAGAGAGAGACCGAUGGAAAAUUAAUAAUAAUUAUAAUUUAAAAAAUAAUAAUAAUAAUUAAUUAUAAAUGCGUACACGUAAAAAUAAUUAAUAUACAUUUAAUGUACGAGCAGUGAUGGGUCAAUGUCAUUCGUGGCAUAUUUAAUUACAUCUUUAAAUAAUAAUAAUAAAAAAUUAAUCUUGUCUCCGAAGAGAAGCUUCACCAAAUCAAAUUAAUAAUGGAGGGUUAAAUUUAAUUAAAAUCGAAUUAACGAAUUCCUCUCCUUGAUCGGCCGGCAGAUAUUUUAUAUUUUAAAUUUUUCUAUUCGUUAUUUUAAAUUUAUAUUAUUUUAUUGUACAGUCGACUACCCGUCAUAAGCCUCGUCCCUUCAAUCGGCAGCUACUGAGUCCAGAUUCCCCUACUUAACCACUUUUAUGAGUUUCGUAUCAGACAUCCCGUUACAAGCAUCCGUUAAAACUGUCUAAAUUAUAAACUACCAAUAGGAACAAAAUAUCAAAAUUAAUAAUGAAAAUUUACUAUCGAUGUUUCGCGGAUAAUUUAAUAAAUAUUAAGUAAAAUAUAAUUUAUUGUCGAUAAUUGUAAUGAUUAAUUACAAUUAAAGCUUUUGUUACAAUUUAAAAGUUUUAUUGAUCAUUAUGUUGGUCAAUAGCAAUUAUUAUUAUUGUUACUGUAAUUAAUACCGCUGUCAUUAUAAUUUUUUCCAUUACAAUUAUUAUUAGUGUAAAAAGAUAAGUAUUUAUUUAAUCGCUAUAAGCACUAGAAAAAUCGGGAUACUGACGUACGUAACAAAACGUAAAUAUGACGUUUAAAAUCCCAUACAAUAAAACAGGCUUAUAACGAGUAGUCGAUAAUAAAACUAAACGCACGGUAGUAGAGAGACUGAAAUUUAAAUAAAAAUUUCUUCUGCGUCCCCUAGAUCAGGCUUAUGACGGGUAGUCGACUGUAUUUAGAUAUUUUAUUUAAAUUAAACGUCAACAUUUAAAUACAAUAAUUGUAUUAUAGAGGCUCGCCGAAAAGCAACAAAAAUAAUUAUUUAUUUUUAAUUAUUAUUUCAUCUCAGUUAUUUUUAAUAACUUUUGUUUUCUCUUGUAAAUCCCCACUUAACACACUGUGAUUCGUUACCUCGUCGAACAAUAUUUAUAAUUCGUAUAAAAAGAACCACGUGUUUUUACUGGUGGGCAAGUGAAAUAUUAAUUGAUAUUGAACGUGUGUUUGCGAGGUAGUUUUUUAAAAUUAUUUGGAUGAAUGUUUUUAUUUUUAAAGUAAUUUACUUUAUUCAAUACAUUUUUUUUAACUUCAUUGUACAUCACAAUUGUUAUUGUAUUACUUUGUUUUGUUUUGUUUUUUUUUUCAAUAGUAACUUAACUCCUUCGAAGUGAAUUUUAAAUAAUAUAUAAAUAUAUAUAAAGUUUAUAAUUAUGAUUAUUGUGAAUAUGAAUCUCUUUUUAUUUUUUUUAAAUAAUAUGACCGCGUUUAUUACACUAUUGAAUCUCUGUUAACGUUUUAAAACAGUCUUCAAUAAAUUUUUUUAAUUAUAUACCAAAUAAAACGACACAUUCGCUAAAGUCUUAAGAUUACAAUUUUCUAUAAUAAAAAAAAAAAAUGAAUAAGUAUUUUGUGAGAUUUUACAGUAUUUCAAGGAGUGUUUUUUUUUUUUUAGAAGUGUGGGUACUUUAAUUGUAAACAGAGUGAUUGUAAAAUCAAUUAUUAUAAAUAAUUUAUUUAUUCAAUUGUGUUUAGAUCAAUUGUAAAAUUGUUUAUAUUAACUUAUAAAUACCAACUUAUUUUUAUUUUUGUUUAGUUCUUAAAAUAAAAAUUUUUUUUUACGCAAACAAUCGGUCAGCGAAACUGAGUGAAUUUGUAAAUAAUAAUUUGGUAAAAAAAUU